AUGGAGGAGAAGACGCCGUCGUCGUCGUCGGCCAGGCGGCUCAUCAAGAAAGAGCGCCAUCCUCCAAUCGCUUACCUGAACAACAAAUCCACGACGCUCAAGCGUGCCCCCAGUGCGGCGUCGUACUUUGCAGCCAACCCAGGCCUUGGCACAGGCCCAGCUCAUUCGCACUCGCUCUCGCCCGCCACGACGCCAGGAGCCUCGUCGCUCCGCCGCAGCCCGUCGUUGACGCCCGUCCACGAGUACCACCACCAGCACGCGCAUGUAGACCACCUGGCCCAGCACUCGUACCAGCUGCCGCCCUCGGUCGCCCAGCUCCCCCCGGCCGCCGUCGGGCAGCCCUUCAACAGCAUCGUCGAGGAGGCUCUCAACGCCUCCAACGGCAGUGCACCACGUAGACCCGCCGGCCCACAGCACUCGCUCUCGCACACCGACCAGCCCGCCCGCUACCUGCGCCAGUCGCGCUCCUUCACCUCCAAGAUGGAAACGACCCCGCCUCAGUCGGGCAACCCCAAGACGAACCGCUACAGCGACGGCGGCGGCGCUGCCCAGCAAGCUGCCGUCGACACGGCCAAGAAGCGCCUGUCGGGCGGCGCAAAGAAGAAGGGCACCUUCUCCACCUUCAUGAGCAGCAUGCUGGGCUCGCCGCGCCGCCCGACCAUCUCGACGCCCACCAACCCCAUGCACGUCACCCACGUCAGCAUCGACAACCAGACGGGCGAGUACACGGGCCUCCCCAAGGAGUGGCAGCGCAUGCUGCAGCAGAAUGGCAUCUCGCAGGAGGAGCAGAAGCAGCACCCCCAGGCCGUUGUCGAUGUCGUCAACUUCUACAAGGACAACGCCGAGAAGACCGAGGACGACGCCAUCUGGGACAAGAUGGGGCCUGCCCACACGCGGGCCUACGCCUACCAGGCCAGCCUUUUGCAGAACUCGGCCAGCAACACGGCCAACGCCAACACUGCCGCCGCCGCCGCCGCCAACAGCAACAGCAACAGCAGCAACGCAAACUAUGGCGCUGCACAGCCGCUCAGUCCCCCGCAGAGCCCUCGCUUCCCACGCAACGACCUGUCUAGCUUCGAGAACCCCCGCGCUCCCCCGCCGAUUCCUCGCAGCAUGACCUCGCCCAUUUCAGCCACAACCCAGCCCAACGUCGCAGCGCUCGUGCCAAACCGACCCGCUCCCAAGCCCCCGGGCGCUGCUACCGCUCCGCCGUCCAGGCCCCCGCCUCCAACCCCAGGUUCUACUGUCCCCCAGCAAACAAGCCCUCGCCAGGAAUACGACCAUCCCCAAGCUGGCUAUGCUGCCCCAGCGCCAUCCGAGAGCCCCAAUGGUUCGUCGUCGUCGCGCAGUCGAGCAAACACCACCGGAGGAACACCCCCACGCUUCGACUCGCCGUCCGCCCCGACUUCCAUCUCGCCUGCGCAGCAGUACCAGCAACAGCAACAGCAAGCCAUGGCCAUGGCUUCGAUCCAACAGCAACCCAAGGCGCCCCUCAGUAGGAGCGUCAGCCAACGUGCUCCACAGCCAGCCCACGCUCCACCGCCCGCCCCCCAGAUGCAGAUGCAGAUGCAGCCGUCGCCCCAACAGGUAUUCGCGCAACAAUCAGACCCCCAGAACAUUCCAUUGCCAUCGCAGCAGACCCGUGUUGGCCCAGCCCCACGACCGCGCCAGCGGCCCCGACAAAGCCAAGGACCCGAUAUCGUUGCUAAGCUCAAUGCCAUCUGUACCAACGCCGACCCCAGGGAGAGAUACCGAAGCCUCACCAAGAUUGGCCAGGGUGCCUCGGGUGGUGUGUUCAUGGCAUACGAGAUCCACACCAACAAGUGCGUGGCCAUCAAGCAGAUGAACCUGGAGCAACAGCCAAAGAAGGAUCUCAUCAUCAACGAGAUUCUCGUCAUGAAAGACAGCAAGCACAAGAAUAUUGUCAACUUCAUGGACAGUUUUCUGCUCAAGGGCGAUCUUUGGGUAGUGAUGGAGUACAUGGAGGGCGGAAGCUUGACGGACGUCGUGACCUUUAACAUCAUGUCGGAAGGCCAAAUAGCUGCCGUGUGCAGAGAAACACUGCACGGCCUGCAACACCUACACUCCAAGGGCGUCAUCCACCGAGACAUCAAAUCUGACAACAUUCUGCUUUCGCAAGAAGGAAACAUCAAGCUGACCGACUUUGGUUUCUGUGCCCAGAUCAACGAGAGCCACAACAAGCGCACGACCAUGGUAGGCACGCCCUACUGGAUGGCGCCCGAGGUCGUUACCCGGAAGGAGUACGGCCGCAAGGUCGACAUCUGGUCGCUGGGUAUCAUGUCGAUUGAAAUGAUCGAGGGAGAGCCGCCAUAUCUGAAUGAAAGCCCUCUGCGUGCUCUCUGGCUGAUUGCAACCAACGGAACACCCACGAUCAAGGAAGAGCAUGCCUUGUCGCCCGUGUUCCGCGACUUCUUGGCCUUCUCGCUCAAGGUCGACCCGGACAAGCGAGCCAGCGCUCACGAUCUCCUAGUGCACCCCUUUAUCCAAACCGCCGAGCCGUUGAGCACACUAGCGCCGUUGGUACAGUCAGCAAGGAAGGCACGAGCUGAAGAGAGACGGAAGAAGGGCGGCAUGUGA